AUGCUCUGGGGCCACGCAUUGCCCACCAUCACAAGAGAAGGAGAGGACAUCCAGUCAAUACUCCAUGGCCUCCAGUACUGCCUCCGCACAGACGCGUUGCGAGCCUUGCAAGAGACACAGGUCGGCCAAAACUACGUGAUCACUUCGUGGCCAAACUCAAACCAUGGCGAAAUACUCUUUGACGAUGAUUACAUUCCAUUCGAAUGCUACUUCAAAUUCUUGGCGAUGCUGUUUCUUUCUAUUAAUUUAUCUGGCUGGAAAGACCGUCCGGUACAUAUGCUUCGGACGCUAGUAUCGGAGACGUGGCUGGCGGUCAAGAUCGAGCAAGGCUUGAUGCACCACAAAUUUCUACACAGACCUCGACCAUUAUUUCGCUAUCAUAUAGCACAGAACGGCGCGAACGGUUUGAACGGCAUGGAUGACUCGAACGGCGCGAACAAUAUGAAUGGUAUGAAUGGUAUGAAUGGUAUGAAUGGUAUGAAUGGUAUGAAUGGUAUGAAUGGUAUGAAUGGUAUGAAUGGUUCGAAUGGUUCGAAUGGUUCGAAUGGUUCGAAUGGUUCGAAUGGUUCGAAUGGUUCGAAUGGUUCGAAUGGUUCGAAUGGUUCGAAUGGCUCAAACAGUCCGAACAGCGCGAAUGGCUUAAACGGGACAUGA